AUACUAACUAAUAGAAAACCUAUCCACAAAAGCUCUAGUUUUGGAAACCAAAUUUCGUACUAGUAGUAUUAAGUACUACUAGUACUAUUUAUGUUUCAAAAUUUUCCAUAUUUUAUAUGCCAUUUGUAUUUAGAAAUAUUCUUUCGUUAUGAAAUUUGUUACCCUAAUGAAAUAUACUACUCCUAAUCGUUCUAGGAAAGAGUGCAACUAAUUAGACAGAUUUUUCUUCCUUUUCCUAGUCAAUCUAGGAAUAGUAUUUACCUAUUCCUUUGCCUUCAAGUUUCAGUCACUCCAUGCUCCUAUAUAUAGACUUGCUCCUGUUCUCUCUUGUCCAUCACCAUAAUAUCGAUCGAGAUUAAUUAUUUGCUCCUCUUCUCUCUUGUCCUUUCAAUAUUCCAUGCGUACAAUGGCUGCUUCUUAUUCUUCUUUGCCACUUCCUUCAGAUAUAAUAUUCGAAAUACUAACCCGAACAUCUUUGAAAACACUGGACACUUCCAAGGCUGUUAGUAAAGAAUGGAACGAUUUGAUUUUCGAGUCGAGUUUCAUGCCACAAUUCUGUGAAAGGAGUCAAAAUAUCUCAGGAUGUUUUGUCCAGGCUCUAUCAAGAACCAAGCACGUAACGGAAUUUGUAUCAAUGGAUGGGUGUUCAGGGAAUAGUACUAAAGCCCCGUUCCAUCUUCCUAUUGACGAUAUAGUAAAGCCUCGAGAUAAUUUUUGCAACUACUAUUUUGACGUGAAGAUUGAGGCCUCCUCAAAGCAAGGGAUUCUAUGUUGUGUAAGAAUAUCGAAAAAUGAGUACAGAUACCACGUGUGCAAGCCGAGUACUAAGCAAUGGAUGAAAUUGCCUAAUCCAAGAACGCGUUAUUCUACUGUAAAAGUUGCUCUUAUUGUGCUGAAAUCAAAUCCUCUACGCUUCAAGAUCAUAAGGUUAUCUAAGCCUCGGACUCUUUAUCAUCAUUAUAGAAAACUGGACCUCAAUUACUAUCGUUGUGAAGUUUUCGAUUCAGAAGGUUGGGAGUGGAGGCAAGGAAAAGAUUUAUUGGUCCCUCAAGGAUUUUACUUCGAUAAGCGUACUCCAGCAGUUAAUGCAAGUGGUUUGGUUUAUUUCAAACUAAGAGAUGAUCAAGUGAUGGCUUUGAACUAUAAUGGAGAAGAGGCCUUCCCAAGAUUCUCCCUUCCAAAUCCCGCUUUUGAGUACAAUGAUUAUCAAUACAACCAACUUGUGGAGUACAAUGGGAAGUUAGGACUUACCUGUUUGUCACCAAAAGGGAUGGAACUUUGGGUUUUCGAGAACGGGAGACAAGUUUGGGAGUUGAAAAAGGAAGUGGACAUUGAAACAAUAAAGGGGGUAACACAAUUUCCAACCCCAGUUGGGUUUUAUAACGCGGACAUUGCUUUGACGAAGGAUUACUAUGAAGUUAUCUUCUACAAGCUACAGGACAAGAGCUUUAACGUGGUGAAACUGGAUAAAUGUCAUACUGUUCAAGAAAUUUUCCCUUUUAGAUCAGAUUUAGAGCCACUUGAUCUGAGUAUGCAAAGAGCCAACGCUGAUGUUUCAUCUACCAAACACCUCUAUCGUCCCUUUUGGAUUUUAUUAGUCAUUGUAUUCGUUCUUCUUUUUGGUAUUUUUGUUUUCUCAUGCAUGAAACGGUUGUUGUAAUAAUCGUGAUCUGCUGAUUCUGGUCAAUUGUGUGUUGAAAAACUGGAAAUUAUGAAUGUCUUAUUUUUAUUAUAUGGUGUAAAAAUUUUAGUUGGUAACUUCUGCUAUAUUGCUUUUCGUAGUCCCCUUUUAAUGGUAACAAAUGCUAUGCAAAAAAUAGUGAUAUUAGUUGUCUGGAAA